CUCUUUUGGUCGCCUCGGGUCGCCUCAUAUUUACACUGCUAUAACUCUCUAUUGGUCUGCACUUCUUCAUUAUCUUAUCACCACCUUCAUUUACUGUUGUGUCUACCCUAUCAUCUGUCUUCACUGAUCCCCUUCUGUUUAUGUUUUAGGAAUUUAUAUAUAAGUACUCACCGGCAUGGCUCGGGACAUGGCUAGAAAGCAGUCUUCAUCUUCUUCGUCUCCUGGUCUCCUCAAACUGGAGGAGCAGCUCACCUGUGAUGUGUGUCUUGGCUUUUUUAGCGACCCUAAGACUUUACCUUGUCUACAUUCCUUCUGUCAGCACUGUUUGGAGGCAUUACCUCGAGAUAAGAAGAAUGAGGAUCACAUAUUUUGUCCCACUUGUCGUCAUCAUACAGAGUUGCCAAAAGAAGGAGUAGGAGCCUUUCCUGUAGCAUUCCACCUCAACAACCUCCAAGAGACCUACAAUCUAAUGAAGGAUGCUGUAGUAUUUUCACCUGCUCCUCAAGAGGAUACAUGUAACGAUCAUGGUAAACCAUUGGAUGUUUUCUGUGAAGCAUGUAAUACAGUAAUCUGUGUUAUGUGCUUAGCUCAUAAUCACAAACAUCACGAAUACAACUUAGUCGCUGACAGUUAUACGAAACAUUGUGAAAGUUUACGAGAGUGUCUAUCAUCAGUUGAGGGAAAGAAGGAAGCACUCAAGAAGGUCAUGUCUGCUUUAACGAAGAGAGAGGGUGAGAUCAGAGAA